UGAGUGCGGUGAGCGUAGCGACGCCAUUUUAUGUGUUCCCAAGCGUGGAAAAUUCCAAUUCGCAGUGCCGCUGCGGAUUUGGCGGUCGCUCCAGCUGCACACGGGAGAAGAAGAAAAGGUGGAACGUGGCCUGCUGCAAGCGUCAGCGGGACGGUUCCAGAAUCCAGCUGCGUCGAGGCCACAGCGCUGACGGAAAGGGCCUGCUGCAAGCGCCAGUAGGAAGGUUCCGGAAGGUGUGGCUGCGACGAGGCAUCCCGAGAAGAAGAUUGUUGCGCUUAAGCAAGUGCGACAACCCGAUCAGAAGUGUUUGAUUGCAAGAGCAGAAGAACCCGACCAGUGAUUCUCGCUGCACGAGCAGAAGAGACCCAGAAAAAAUUUGUGCCAGGAAGCUGCAGCUGUCGUGUCGCCACGAUCGCGACCACGGUGGAGCAACUUAAUCCCGUGAGUACUAGAACCACCUAACCAAGAAGAUGAACCCAACCGGACAACCGAGGUCCGCAAAGCGCUUAGCCAACAAGCGACGCCAGGUCAAGGGUAAGAUCCUGCUACUCCAAAGCAGACUUACCGAACUGGAGGAAGAUCACCAACUGCCAUCCAUGCCGGAAUUCCGGGUGUUCGCGAGGAACAUCGAGCGAUACUACGGUGAGUUGGAUCAAGUGCUGCAAGAUGUGAAGGAGAGUGACCUUUUCGCUGACGAACGAGACGCCCAUGACUUGGAGUGCGCAGAAAUUGAGGGGUUACUCCAAGGAGCUAACCAGCGGAUCGUAGCCCUCAGUCGCGCACUGCUGUCCCUUCCAGUCCAAGCCACUGAACAGCAGCAAGCUCAGCCAUUAGCAGUCUCGCAGCAGGUUGCCAUCCCAACUCCGCUUUUCACGAGAGAGGCUCGUGGUGAAGGCGAGUGUACCGGUGACGGCGAUGUUCCGGAGAUAACCGACCCAGCUGCAGCUGAUGCUAAGGUAUGUGCCCCAAUCCAAAGCCUCUCGAGACCAUCCAAUGCAACCACAGAGCGUGGCGACCCGUUGUGCACGCGGUUCAAAGGUUGCCACUUGUGUACCGACUGCUUUGCACCCAGUGAAGUACCGCUCGGUCAGAGUCACGAGACGAACUCCAACCUGAAAGCCUUCCAAAGCAUGCCAGACAGAUUCCUCCAACCGGAGACACCCUCUCAAAUGCAUUACGAGAUGCAACGUCCCGCCGAACCUGAAGUGGUUCAACACGAAGCCUCGACAAGAGUUCGAGGUGACGUCGACAAGUCCGGCGAUUCGGGCGUACCUCCUACGCUGCGGUCAGAAGAGCGGAUACGCGGUGACCUCGACGUUGGCUGGUGUCAGCCAGUGGAACUUGGUUCACUGCUACCAGCCGACGCAGAACGAGAAGACGCCGAAUCCGAUGACCCAAGGCAGGGGACAGCUGGACUGGUCGACGAAGUUCGCGAUAUCGCCACAAACCAGGCAGUGAAGGACGAGGAAGCUCGGUCAUUGCAGCCAGCCGAAGCCAACGACGUGAACGUCGAGGAACGACCGCUUCCAAGCAGUGCACAGCCAAUUUGCACUGUACCAGCCGUCCAAGAGAACGCAGCGAAGAAGCCAAGCCACGAGAGAGAGACGUACAGCUGCCAGCUGUUCAACGCCAACGUCGCACGAUCAACCGACCGUGAUCGUGCAGCCAGAAAGCUCACAGAGCAGAAGCUGCAACCCGCGAACAACACCAGCAACGAGAAGCAGUUACGCCUGGUUUGGGACCCUGGUGUGUAGCCGAGCUCUGCAUCCCGCUCCACCAAUCAACCGAUUCAAGAACAUCACCAGAGGGCAGCUAGUAGCAGACGAACUUGCUCAUCUGAGCGAAUCCAAGUACCUGAUCCAACCGAACUCCAGCGAGACGAGAAGUGUAAGAACCGAUUCACUUCCGGUGCGAUUGACUUAGAAGUCACGGGACUUCAACCCGGGGGGAGAAUGUUCGGCCCAAACCGAAAUGUUGCCCCAAAGUUGUGCAACUUUGCCCAGUGUGUGCCACCCCACCCCUGCAGCGUUGACAGAAACGGUGCUGCCAACUUUGACAGCCGAAAACAACGGCGCGACGACGAGUUCGCGCGCAAACGACCGAACGUGCGAGAAGAAGACAGCAGCGAAACGGCAUGCAAAGGCAAGUCGCAAGGAAGAUCGCGAAGAGUAAACACGUUAUCUUGUAAAUAGAAUCAGAAAUUAGAGAAAGUUUAGUUGUUUACGGAAGUGUUGCGUGUUUAUUUUCAACCGGAUUCGUAGGCCAGAAAAGGCUUGGGUUUUACAGUCCGCUCAAGUCGAAGGAAAGUCCACCUCGCCCAGAAACCGUUGCCAGGAGC